AUGGGAGAUCUAGAAUUUGCCAAAGUUCACAACUCAGCUGUUUUGCUUGAAGAUCCUCCAGCAACUCACAAUGAUCUAAAGUUCAUUGUUGAUGGUCUGAAGAAAUGUUGUUUGGUCCAUGCCUUGACAACCAGCCCUGCAAUUUAUCAGAACCUGAUCAAAGAUUUUUGGAGAAGUGCAGUAGUGAAGAAGGAUAACAAAGAUGAAAAGUACAUUGAAGCCACAAUCCAAGGAAAGAAGGUUCAAGUUUCAGAGAGUAUUAUUCGGGAAUCUCUCCAAAUUGAUGGCAGAUCAGAAUACUCUAUGGAAAUUAAUGUGCAUCAAACUCAGGAUGUUCUAGACCAUAUGGGGAGAUCCGGUGCAAACGAAAUCUCCUCGGCCAACACAGGAGGCAUCACAACUUUGGCCUCGGGAAUUGAGUUUAACUUUUCAAAGUUUAUACUACACGAACUGGUUCUGAAUCUUGAAGGGAACAAGAGAGAUAAGUUUUUGAUGUACCCAAGAUUUCUUCAGAUCAUCUUCAACAUCAUGCAUCCGGAGCCGCAGAGAAGGAACGUAACUUUGGAUCUUAAACCAGUUGGUCCAAAAAGUGAUCAGUCAAAAUCAGAAGAUCAAUCCAUUCCUACAGAGACUGAAGACAUUGUGUUUUCAACCUCUGAACCAGAAAUUAAGGAGGAACAUGAUGAAGAUAUCUAUGGAGAUAUAGAUUUUUUGAAAGACAUAGAGUUCACAAGGUUCAGUGAUGAUAUCCCUACAAAUACUGAGCUUGAUCUUGAUGAUGAAGAAUUUGGUCCUCUUCCAGGAUUUGCCAGUAGCUGUUUUAAUAAAGUCAAUGAAGUUGCUUCUUCGGCAACCAAGACUGGGGAAGUAGGUAAUGUUCUCAAAAUUUUGCUCUCCACAUCCAAGCCGAUGGAGGUUCCUUCAAGGCAAGGAGAUGUGAACUCAGAGAUUCCUCCCUCUGUUUCAACUAUCUCAACUUCUGCUCCGCUUGUUUCUGAAUCAUCUCAGCCCCAAACCUCCCAGUCCUACUUGGAAAGAAUUCAAUCAAAUACAAGUCUAGAGCUACCCAUUGUUGCACCUCAAGUCUUCUCCAUUGUCACCACUACUACUAUUUUCAGUCCACCAAUACAAACCGAUGAAGGACCUACCACAAUGUUUGAGACAAGCGGCUCAUCCUCUAUCCUAGAAUAUUCUCCUACCAGACCUUCAAUGGAUGAAGCUUCAAUCAGACUGGCAAAGAACCUGGCCCAACACAGUCCAAACUCUUCUUCUCGUGACAAAGGAAUAUCUUUCAGAGAAGAGCACUCAAGUGAUGACAAAUCUUCUAUGUCAGAACUUCGAGAAGAGAUUGGUGUUCUUUGA